AUGCUUUCGGCGGGUAGACUUCAGAACCGAUGCCCUGGCUGCAGGCAGCAGGUCUUGAGCUUUUACGAUGCUCUUCUGCAGCAGCGCACCAGGGUAGCUACCCGGCCACUUUUACGCCCAUCCCCCACCAGUCCCGCAGCGCGUCGCGGUCUUGUUCGACAUCUUUCUUCCACCAGAUCAGUUUUCCAAGAAGCGACACAAAGCACCGCCGGCGCGACCUCGACAGAACCCCCUGCCGAAGACCCCGAGCUGCUCCGUGAAGACCCUGAUUACGAUGCCGAAACGUUCGUGCGCCAAGCUCGUCAAACAUUCAAACACACACUUCCCUAUGGCUACUUUACGGAAGAAGAAUAUCAGAUCUACGAGCGACUAUACGGCGCGCCACUUCGCGAGACAGCACCGGAGGAUGUCGGAAUACCACAACUUGGCGGUGUCAAUAUCCCCGACCAAAACAGGCAACGUACCCUUUUUAUGGAGACCGAGUCUGGGGAGUACGAGGAGGUCGAAUACACCAUCGAGAACCCUCCUGCGGAAGAAAGCGAUGUAGAAGCCGUCGCGGAGUUACGCCCCCUCACCGAGGCUCAGAUCGAAUACCUAAACGUAACGGCCAACAACAAACGCGAGAUGGCUGCGCUUAUGAGACUACAAAGGGACUUUGAGGCGGCCAGUCUUCGCCCGCUUGAGGAUAUCGUAGAGGAAGAGGAGAUUCAGCAAGAGGAUGAGGAAACCUUUGAGGAGGAAGAGGGCUUUGAAGAGGAGGAAGAAGGAUGGAUCAGGCCUGAGCCAUCUGUCAACUCGAGAAUCCAUCCUGCUACGCGCAUUGGCAUCUCCAAAACCAAGCCGAGCACGCUGCUUCUUCCCAGGAGAACCUUCACCGAGCCCAUCAGAGAUCUUCUCAGCCGCACCAACCCUACCCACAUCCGCGAACAUGCUGAGGAGGUAUUCGGUGGUCCGGGACUGCCACACUCACCGGCCACGCCAACAACGAAGAAGAACCUGGGACAGAAGCCGGUGGCAAUGCAAGCAGGCCAAUAUAAGAUGAGCGCGAUCGAGGCAGAUACCUAUAUCUCCACCGUCCUGCCUGGUCUGUAUGCCACUACAACCAGCAUCUUGGUUGAGGUCCGCAAGCGCCUCGGUCCUGAUUGGCUUCAGGGGCUCCUAACAAACGGUACGGGUCCGCGAGUUCUCGACGUCGGCGCUGGUGGAGCAGGUCUUGCUGCAUGGCAGGAGGUUGUAAAAGCGGAGUGGGAGAUUCUCCAUGAGCAACGCAAAGCUAAUAAAGGUCAACAACCUCCUGGAAAGAAGACUGUCGUUGUAGGUUCCGAGAACUUGCGUCAACGUGUGUCCCGGUUCCUUCAUAACACCACCUUUCUUCCCCGACUACCCGAUUACCUGCAUUCGGCCGAGGGAGCUGAGCGCACUCUCGACUCUGAUGGAAACCCCGCCCAGAGAAAGGUUUUCGAUGUUAUCAUCGCUUCCCACCAACUGAUGCCCCUUGAUAAGGCAUACAAGCGCAAGGAUUUCAUCGACAACCUUUGGACCAUGCUUAAUCCCGAGGGCGGUAUUCUCAUCGUCUUGGAAAAGGGUCACCCCCGUGGCUUCGAGGCUGUGGCUGAUGUCCGUGACCGCAUGCUUAACGAGUUCAUCAUCCCGCCCGUUUCCGUAGAGACAGGCGAGGAUAUGACACCGGCCCCUGAAUCAGAUCGCGUUCGCGAACCCGGCCACAUCAUUGCACCUUGCACGAACCAUAGCAAGUGCCCCAUGUAUCUCACCUCUGGAGAGACCCCAGGUCGCAAAGACUUCUGUCAUUUCAGCCAGCGCUUCAUCCGCCCAUCUUUCCUCCAGAGAGUCCUCCAAGCCUCUCACCGUAACCACGAGGACAUCGAGUUCAGCUACAUCGCCAUUCGCAGAGGCGCGCACCCCGACGGAGUCAAGCCACCUUCCGCUGAGUCUAACGUGACCGAUCCUGCCUCUUCGUUCUUCCAAGGCCCAGAGGCGGUUGACCGUGCCUUCAAGGGCUACGAAGACGUUGAAGCUGGCAUUCCCCAUGCCCUUUCCCUUCCCCGCAACAUCAUGCCACCUCUCAAGAGCAAGGGUCACGUCACGUUCGACCUCUGCACGCCCGCCGGCACCAUUGAGCGCUGGGUCGUUCCCAAAUCCUUCUCCAAGCAGGCGUACCAUGACGCCCGCAAGGCCAAGUGGGGUGACCUGUGGGCCUUGGGAGCAAAGACUCGCACCCGCCGCGACAUCCGUCUAGGCAAGGCCGGGAAGCUCGCUGCGGAUCUCAAGAACCCGGGCGACGGCGGCGUCCGCUCCCGUGAACUUGCUGGACUCGGCUCCAAGAGGAAGCCUAAGGUGGUCGAGGUCACCGUCGAUCCCAACACGAACAGGAUCCUGGGUGCCAGUGAGAAGUAUCCCAAUGGCAGAGCGCCGGUGGAGAGGCGGACAAAGAAUGGUAGGAAGGUCAAGAUGAACGAUCUCAUGGACGAGCUUCAGGAUGAUUCCCGUUACGGAGCAAAGUAUGUCGAUCCUGACGAUGUCGAGGAUGAGGAGUUCAGACGGGCGCCGCUCCCUGACGGAUUCUUGGAGAAGGAGCUGUUCGGUGACAAGAAGUAA